AUAUUUAGCACGGGUUUUUCCAGCUUCCUUGCAGAGGGUCUUGACUCUGGUUUCGUCCACACAUUUCUCCUUCAUACAACACAUGGUUGAAUAUGGCCGAGAUGGAGAAAGGUCAAAGUGACACAGACAGUGAAGAAUGUACACCAGCAAAUUGCAGGAGGAAAAGCAAUGAUGAGGACAACCCGCCUGGAACCACUGAUGGAUCAGGCAGUACUGUGGAGGAUGCAGGAAAUAAAGAUGUUGAUGAAGAGAGUGCUGACGAAUGUUUGUUUGGUGACAUGACAGAUGAAGAAGAGGGAGAUAAAAUCGAAGAUAUGUAUGAACUUGGAGCAUGUGCUACAAAGGUCAAAUUCCAGACGGUUCAACAACAGUCGUACCAACUUGUAGGUAAAGACACCACGGCAGUAGCACAACACAUUGUGGGAUGUUGUCAGCAACCACAGGGAGAGGUUGUGUCAGCACCACAGCAGGGGACACAACUCCAGCCAGCUGACGAUGUUGAUCAGACAACAAGUCAGGCACAAUUGUCAACAACUACGCCUUGUGUAGUCCCCGAAACAACGAUUGCACAAGUCCCGAGAACAGCAGCACUGACACCAGCGUCCACAUCCUCCCUUCUUCCCAGAAUACCAGGAUCUGUUGUAUCAGAGAUACAGUCAUCAGGGCCACCUGGGGUACCAGUGCCUGUGCAUUCUCCCGCAGUUGUCCAGUACAACUAUUUCUACGUACGGCAGAAUUUUGGGGAUGUGACAGUCAGGGGCGCCAGGAAUCUGAACUUUGGCGGAACCCAGAACAUUAGAGGAACACAGGACGAUGGUGCACCUCGGACCAACCAGGAAGAGGAGAAACAACUGACUUCAGCACAGAAGAUCAGGAAAAGAACAGAAUCCAGGAUACAGUCGUGGACUAAAGACAUGGUGGAGACAGAAGGCCUGCAGAAGGUGACAGACAAGCUAGACAGAGGAGCAACAUGGGUGACAAUUAAAGGAAGACCAGGAGAGGGGAAGUCUACAAUAGCCUACAUGGCUCUCAAAGAUCAGCACACUCAGGGGAGACAAGUGUAUCAGGUGGUGUCACCGGAGGAGUUCAAUGAGGUCAUAACGGCCAGCACUAACCCUGUCAUUAUGUUAGAUGACAUAUUUGGUGAUCUGGAAUUUGAUGUAGCAGAAUGGGCCAAGUGGAGACCAAGUCUACAACCUUUUGUGGAUGUGAAAGAUCCUGAUAAAUAUACAGAAAAAGAUUCCAUAGACAAGUCCACUAAUAUUGAAAAUGCUUCAAAGCGAACAAAAGAUGAGCAAACAGAGCUGAAAAGAACGGCGCCUAACAAAGACCAAACUAUCAUUAUCCUCGUAGGCCGUGAUUAUGUGUUGAAAUCCUCAUUGUCAGACUUGGGAAAGAUGGCAGAUUACAUAUCUAGUCCCCUGUAUGUGGUGGAAGUUUCUUCUCUGAGAGACUCUUGUGAACGAAGAAAGAUUUGGCAUGUUCAUGUCAAAACAAAGACAAAGAUGGACUUUGAUGAGUCAACUGUGUCUCAGAUAUGUCAGGCGGACUGUCCACACGGCUUUCCCCAUAUAUGUAAAAUGUUUGUCGCAACAUAUGGAAAGGAUCAGACGCAACCUUCAGCAGAGACUAUUUUAGAUUUUUUAAAAAUGCCUCUUGUGUUCCUCAGAAAGACUUUGUAUAAAUUUCUUAAGGAUAAGAUAAAGCGUUCACUGUUCAUGGCUAUGAUUAAAAGAGAUGGGAAGGUUAGUGGACAGGAGUUGGAGGAUGAUGAUAAUCUUGCGUAUGAAAGCAUAACAGCUGCUGAUGAUUUGGUUGGAUCUUAUCUCAAGAAGGAAGAUGACACAUACAUGUUUGACCAUCCCUCUAUAUAUGACAGUGUUGCUUUAAUACUCAUGAACACAUGA